UAGACAGUUUUUGAAACAGUACCAAAUUUUUCUAGCACUUUUUAUACGACGAAUUGAAAUAUAACAGAAAUAGCGCUUUGAGAAAUAGAGCAGUUCAUUUCAGUGGCGCAAGUUAAUCAGUACAUAUUGGGCAAAUAGACUAGUCAGUUGUAAGAAGCUUUUAAGUAAAAAAAUUAUUUCAAUAAUAAUAGUUUUGUGCUAAAAUUAAACAAAAUCUGAUAUGCCUGAGGGACAAAAAAGUGCUGAGGGCACUAAAAAUGGAAAAGUUGAGAAUGGUAAAAGCCCAAGUGUAACGAAUGAAAAUGGAAACGGAAGUAUUUCGAUGGAUACUAAAUUGAAAGCAUCACAGAUUCUUCAUAAUAGUGAUGAAAUCAUUGAUCCAUACUGUGACCCUAAAAAUCCCAAAAAAAUAUCCUUUCAUGAUAUUACUUCAGCAGCAUUUUUAAUUAAAGAUGGCAUCGAACGCACUCCUUGUCCGCGAUCAACCUCUUCGGAAUCAUAUGGUAUGGACUUAUAUCUAAAAAAGGACUUUCUGCAAUAUACCGGAAGCUUCAAGGAGCGUGGUGCCCGUUAUACUUUGCUUUCACUAUCUGAGAAACAGAAAAAGAUUGGUGUUAUAUCAGCAUCAUUAGGAAACCAUGCCCAAGCACUGAGCUACCAUGGCUGGAAAUUAGAUGUACCAGUUACCGUUGUGAUGCCGAAAGCCGCACCUAUUAUGAAAAUACAAAAGUGUAUCAAUUAUAAGGCGAGAGUGAUCGUAGAGGGCAGAGAUAUGGCUGAAGCCAAAACUUUGGCUAUGAAAAUUGCACGUGAUGAAAAUCUAUUAUAUAUUAAUGGCUAUGAUCAUCCACAUAUAAUGGCAGGUCAAGGUACUAUUGGUUUGGAAAUUCUAGAGCAAGUACCAAAUCCAGAUGCUGUCAUCAUACCUGUAGGUGGCGGUGGAUUAAUAGCGGGUAUAGCAACUGCUAUUAAAGCUCUUUCCCCAAAAACUCAGAUUAUUGGAGUAGAAUCUGAAAAGUGCCCCAGUUUUAGUCGUGCUAUGGCUAAUAACGGACCAGUACACACACCAAUUAAAAACACUUUAGCUGAUGGUUUGGCUGUGCCCAAAGUAGGAUAUAACGCAUACAUAACAGCCUUACCACUUAUCGAUAAAAUGAUUGUCGUGAAGGAAGAGUGGAUUGCAUUAGCAAUUCUUCGUUUAGUGGAAGAGGAAAAAUGUGUAGUUGAAGGUGCGGGUGCUUCAGGGUUAGCCGCCAUAUUAGCUGGACAUCUUAAUGACUUAAAAGGAAAAAGAGUAGUUAUAUUGCUAUGUGGAGGCAAUAUUGACACUACUGUGUUUGGACGCUGUUUAGAGCGUGGGCUCGCAGCUGAGGGUCGCUUGGUUAAGUUUAAUGUUGAAGUAUCGGAUAGACCUGGCGGCAUUCACGAACUUUGUGAAAUUUUAUCAACACUUGGUGUAUCUAUUAAGGACAUUAUGCAUGAACGUGCAUGGCUUAAAGACAUUUAUACGGUUGAGGUUAAAGUUGUCUGUGAAACACGCGAUUGGGCGCACAGUAUGGAGCUGAAAAAUGAGCUGAAAAAAAUUUACACAAAAGUACAAUUUUCGGAAGAGCCGUUGGCUAUUUGUGAAAAAGAGUUAAAUAGUGUUUAAAUUUGUUUUAAAUAAAUAUUUCUUAUUUUUUUUUA